AGCAAAACGCAUGACGCGCUUGUCAUGUUGGUCUUGAUGUGUUUUAGUUGUGAGUUUGAUCGCCCGGAUAGUUAUUAAAGUGGCUUAUUUUCGUCGUUUACCAUGGAUUUCCACAUUGUGGUUUUGUUCUUGCUUGGUUUCGUUUCAAAACAAGUUUUAUCCGAAGAAGUUUGCUACGAUGAUGUCGGAUGUUUUACCGACGAAGGUUGCCAUUGGUUAGGCUUCCCGCCCAAGCCACCAUCCGAAAUCAACACCAUGUUCUUUCUCUAUACGAGACGUAAUCAGUUCGAACCUCAAGAGCUACGACGUGGUGAUGUCGACGGUCUCCGAGCGUCGAACUUUGACCCGAGGAAGAAGACGAAGAUCUCUUCUCACGGGUACACUGCGGAUUCCUUUAGGCCCUGGGAACUGGAUAAAAAGGAUGCUUUCCUCGAAGCGGAAGAUGCAAACGUCAUCUGCGUUGACUGGUCCGGUGGCGCUAAUGAUCUGUACAGCAAGAGUCACCAGAACGUUCGUGUGGUCGGGCGAGAGAUCGGUCUUCUCAUUCGUUUUCUCAACUUGGAGAUGGGCAUGUUCUACAAGGAUCUCCACGUCAUCGGCAUGAGUCUGGGGGCACACGCAGUAGGGUACGCCGGCGAGUUUCAGCCUGGAAUUGCAAGAAUAACAGGUCUCGAUCCCGCUGGUCCGUAUUUUCGUGACGAGCUAGGUUUCGAAUUCUUCAACAACGGUCCCGAGUGUCGUCUCGAUCCUACCGACGCCAUCUUUGUUGACGUCAUCCAUACGGAUGGCAAUGAUAUUAUAGGAGCAGGUCAAAUGGGGCAGCUUGGCCAUCAAGACUUCUAUCCAAACGGUGGACGCCAUCAACCCGGUUGCGACGGCCCCGACCUGACAACAGGUUGCAGUCAUUCAUGGGCAUGGAUGUUGUUUACAGACAGUAUCCGAUUCUCGACGUGCAGUUUUACCGCGUACCCUUGCGAUAGUUGGGUUCGGUUCGUUGCCGGUAACUGCGGUGAAUGCGGUGAACGUGGUUGCGCUAUCAUGGGUUACCACGCCGACCAGAAUACCGCGGUAACGGGCAAGUUCUACUUGUCUACAAACGCGGACAUUCCCUAUUGCAUACCCGAAUAGCAUAAUGAAUUUGAUGUGAGAUAACCAAGAGCACGUUGUGAAUGAUUUUUUUAUCAAUUUCGAAAUUUUUAGGGGGACAUUGUUUUCGAUUAAGUUUUAAACCUAAUGCUAUUUUGUCUGUCGUUUAUAAUCAAUCUUUUAGGUAAAUCAAUAUGUGUAUUCAAUAUACAUUUAGUCACGCAAUUAGUGAUGUUUGGUAUUUGAAGGAAAUACAACUUUGUUAAUUAGAUAUGAAACAGAUGGCAAUAUUUUUUUCUCUCCCAUGUAUUUUUUGUUCUUCAAAAAUGAAAUAAAAUUGUUACGGUUAUUAUUU